GACAGGCGAUCAUGGUCCAGUUUAAGUUCGGCCAGCUUGUGCCAAAAAGUGGGCGACACAAAGGAUUCCCAAGCUUUCAGUUGAAACUGCACUAUAGUUAUUUUCAUUUUCGGAAUGUGGAUGUUCACUGCACCAUGUAAUGGUCACACUAGUACACCCACUGCUGGUGAAGAUUAGAUUGACCAAAACAGAGCUAAAAACAAACCAAUUUAAAAUGGAUCUGCAGCAGCUGGAGGAGCAAGCGCGCCAGGCGGCGCUAAAGGACAUACAGAAUAUGCUACAACGGCCGGGACAGCUGGAGAAGGUGGAGCAAUAUCGUCACCGCAUCGCCCGAAAGAAGGCCUCUGUGGAGGCACUCCUCAAGACCGGUAUGCAGGGACAACUGGACGGUGUCAGGGUGGGUCUUAAGCAGCUGGAGACUUGCAUGGAGGACGUUCGCGAGGUGAGACGCCGUAUGGACGAGGUGGAGCGUCUCCUUAGGGGCGUUCCCGAAGUUUAUGACGCACUCGAGGUCGUUCGAGAGGAAAACACAAAACACUCGCAAUAUGCCACUGCCAUGGAAAAUCUGAAGCACAUCUUUAAUGUAGACGCCAGCGUCCAAAAGACAAUGUCCCUGAUCGAGGACGACAAGCUGCUCAAUGCCCACCAGUGCCUGGCUGAUUUAGAAAACUCUCGGGAUGAUCUGCUCUACGAGCUACACAAACAACCCAAGCAGCACGCCUCCGACAAGAUCACACUGAAACGCCACUUUGAGAAGGUGGAUACCGUGUCACAAGAGUUGGAGAAGAAGCUGCGACUUAUACUCAGUCGCACACUAAAUACUUUACGCAAAAAGCCAACGAUCAUAGUCACCGCCCUUCGUAUCAUAGAGCGGGAAGAAAAGAAUGACCAGUUCGCCCUACAACAGCAAAAGGUCACUGGAUUUCUGCCGCCCGGAAGACCUAAGGCGUGGCGUCGAAUGAUCAUGGACGUGCUGCAGCAAUCGGUGGUAACGCGUAUAGAAGGAUCGAAGCUGGAGGAGCGGGCGGACAACAAGAUGUGGCUAGUGCGCGACCUUGAAAUUCUGCGGCAAAUUAUCCUCGAAGAUCUGCGUGUGGUGAAGUCCCUAUGCGUGCCCUGCUUUCCGCCGCACUAUGACAUAUUUGGGGAGUACGUCAAGUUUUAUCACGAAGGACUGUCUAGCUAUCUUGACAACAUAGUACGUUCUGGUUUGGAGGGUAAUGAGUAUGUAUCAAUGAUGGCUUGGGUCACACACACAUAUCCAGGCGUUGAGUUGAUGUCCCAUCCUGAUCUUAACGUGGACGUACAUCGACUGAUAGGGACUCUGCUCCGGCCAGAACAUCUCAAAGCUUUAGAGGAUGAGUACCUGCAGAAUAUGCAACGUAACUUCCAGGAAUGGAUGACCAAGGCCGCAGAGACAGAAAAGCAGGAGUGGUUCACCGAGACUGUGCCCGAUCAAGAUGAUAUGUACUAUCACACAUCGGCACCGGUUAUUAUAUUUCAGAUGAUCGAUCAACAUCUACAAGUGACCAACACCAUUCACCAGGAACUGACGUUCAAGGCGUUGGUAAUGAGUAUCCAGCAGGUGGAAAUUUUUGGCCAGACAUACUUAAAAAACGUAAUCGAGCUAAAAGAGCAUCAUUUCCGCAAUCGUGACCAGAUUAAGUACUUCACUCAUUACAUUAUAACCAUCGUCAAUAACAGCCAGCAAAUGGUGGAACUGGCUCAGCAGAUGAAACAGCUCUACUGGCCAAAGUCGCGUACGGAGCACUACGAGGAUUUCGAACGCUUGCUGGCCACAUUCCAGCGGAUCCGGGCUCAUGCCGCUAGCUACCUGUUGGAGGAGGCAUUCUUAGAUAUGGAGUGCCACUUCAACGAUCUUUUUACCGCCAAAUGGUUAGCAAGCAACAUUGCCGUUGACACCAUCUGCGUGACACUAGACGAUUACUUCCAGGACUACAACCAUCUGCGGCCCAAUAACUUCGAAAUGGUCAUCAAUGAGGCCCAGAAGCUGCUAGCAAAGCGUUACAUCAGGGCUCUGCUUUCCAAACGGCUGUCAAAGCCGCGGGUCGAGUGCGAUGCUAUUACCCGGAAAAUCAAAACUGAAGCCAAGCGGUUUAAGCUCUUCUUUGAGAAGAUUGCCCCGAAGAUUUCCCUAAGCGACUCGCCACUAGAUCUUAUAUCAACGUUAUCAGCGCUGCUCAGCUCUGACAUCGAGCUUCUUGUCCUGGAUCUUCACACAUUACUGGGAAGCUACCCGUCCCUGAACGAGGACCACCUGGUGCGACUCUUCUACAUCCGCAAUGAUGUGAAAGCGGCUGAGGUACGUGAAAAGGUUCAAGAUGCCAUGAAGUCGAAGAAGGCUAUGGUCAGCAUAGCCAAGCAGGACUGCAUAUUCAAGGAGAUCGUGUUCAGCGACAAACUGUGGUAGACCCUGGACACUUUCCAUAACCCAUUCCGCUUGACCCUCUCUGUUCAGUAUCUUAUUUACUUUUAAGCUAAGAUUGUAAUUAUAUUAUUGUGCUUUAUCAACAAAUAAAUUAUUGUAUGUUUAACCACAUAA